ACAAAAUCAUACAUUUGUCGGGAUUGAACAUUGUAGGACACAUCAUAUAUGAAUACGUGAAUUUUAAUCCAUCCUUAUGUUACGUUUUUCAUAUAAAUGCGUGCUGCAACACAUUGCGUCAAGUGUGCAGCAGGAAACCGGCAUGUCAUCUUUGUUUGUUGAUGUCUACCAGUAACAUCGGGUUGCCAACGACAUUUUAGAGUGUGUUGAUUUGUAUUUUCCAUAUUGUUUACGAUUUUGAUAAAUUCAUCUCACCUUUUCGGCUCAAGCUAGCACCGAACCUAGGGUUAGCAUGUCCUCUGUCGGUCUCAGUCUGCAAAAGAAGAAGCUCUUGUAACGGACAGCGGUUCAACAACAGGGCAGACCAACAUGUCGCCGAGUAAAAGUUUGCUUUGCUGCGUGAGGUACAGAAGUCUGUGGACGUCUUUUCACAAGAGUGUCACAACAUGGUCACCUGUUGGGGCAGCUUUCAAUGCCAAACCCCACAAGAGACUGGAAGUGAUUGAGAAAAAUGUGGGUUUGUUUGGCAUGCCAGAACUGAAUUCUCCUGCUGGAUUCCAGUUGGCCACACAGAGAGCUCUAAAAAACACACAACUGCUGGUUGAAAAAGUAUGUACUUCUGCUCCAGGCGUCGAGACCGUCACAGCUUUUGACCAGCUCUCUGAUGGUCUUUGUAAAGUGGCAGACUUGGCGGAUUUUGUUAAAGUAGCACAUCCUGAUCCAGUGUACCGCGAGGCUGCAGAGAAAACCUGCAUUGAAAUUGGCACAGUUGUGGAGAAGUUGAACACCAAUGUGGACCUAUGCAACACUUUGAAGAGUUUGCUUGACAGGCCAGAACUUGUGGCUCAGCUGGACCCAGAUACAAGGAAAGUCGCAGAGUUAUUCUUGUUUGACUUUGAAAUCAGUGGGAUUCAUCUCGAUGAGAAACUGCGGAAAGAGGCAGUUGCUCUCCAUGUGAAGCUCUUGGAUUUAAACAAUGAAUUCCUGGUUGGCUCUCACAUGCCCAACAGAAUUGCCAGGUCUGCCAUUCCCGAACAUCUCCACUUGCACUUUGCAAGCACAGGAAGUUUUGUGGAGGUUGGAGGAUUACACGCCGACUCUCCGGACGAUUUGCUACGAGAAAUCGCCUACAGGAUUUACCUCUAUCCAAAUGCGGAUCUGAUGGAGUGUCUGGAAGAGCUUCUGAGAUGCAGAUACAAGUUGGCCACACUGGUGGGAUACGAGUCCUAUGCCCACAGAGCCUUGAAGGGAACGAUGGCAGCAACCCCAGAAACCGUGAUGAGGUUUCUUCAGUUGUUAACACACAAGCUGUCAGACAGAACCGCAAAGGACUUUAGGAUGAUGAGUGAUAUGAAGAAAAAACUCAACCCUCGGCAUUCUGAGCUCAUGCCGUGGGAUCACCCCUUCCUCAGUGGCAUCUUGCGUGCUGAAAGAUUCAACAUCGAGCCCAGUCUGUACAGCCCCUACUUCUCUCUGGGGGCCUGCAUGGAGGGUUUGAACAUUCUCUUCUCUCAGCUCUUCGGUGUCUCCCUCAUGUCUGAACACCCCAGCGCUGGAGAGGUGUGGAGUGAUGAUGUGCGCAAAUUGGCAGUGGUUCAUGAAACAGAAGGAUUACUUGGAUAUAUCUAUUGUGACUUUUUCCACCGGCGAGACAAACCUCAUCAGGACUGUCACUUCACCAUCCGGGGUGGUCGCUGGUGCCAGGAAACGGAGCAGUACCAGCUGCCUGUCGUGGUUCUGAUGCUGAGCCUGCCCCACCCCACCAGAAAUGCCCCCACCCUGCUAUCCCCUGGCAUGAUGGAGAACCUCUUCCAUGAAAUGGGCCACGCCAUGCAUUCAAUGCUGGGACGCACUCGUUACCAACAUGUUACAGGGACUAGAUGUGCAACAGAUUUCGCAGAAGUCCCCUCCAUCCUCAUGGAGUACUUUGCCGCCGACUAUCGAGUCGUCAGCCAGUUUGCACGUCAUUAUGAAACUGGACAGCCUCUGCCUGAGAGUAUGGUGACUCGUCUGUGUGAGUCCAAGAAGGUGUGCGGUGCAGCAGACAUUCAGCUGCAGAUUUUCUAUGCUGCACUGGACCAGAUUUACCAUGGUAAACCCCAAAAUCAAUCCACCACCGAAAUCCUGCAGGAGAUGCAGCAGAAGUUCUACGGCCUGCCUUACACACCCAAUACAGCAUGGCAGCUAAGAUUUAGCCAUCUCAUCGGUUAUGGAGCCAAAUACUAUUCUUACCUCAUGUCAAGAGCUGUGGCAUCCAUGGUGUGGAAGCAGUGCUUCAUUCAAGACCCUUUAAACAGGGACAUGGGUGAGCGUUAUCGUCGAGAGAUGUUAACCCAUGGAGGAGCCAAGGAGCCCAUGUUGAUGGUGGAAGGUAUGCUUCAAAGGAGGCCCACCAUCGAAGACUUUGUGGAGGCGCUGGUGUCGGAGCUCCAACCAAACUUUGAGACGUUCAUCAUGGACUCGGAGACAUGAAAGGUGCUCUUUUGGCGGGGAGAGGGGCACAAAGACGUUUUCUAACGUAGUAAAAUGUAUGUGUACUACAAUGUGGGGAAAGAGGCAAGGUCUUCUUACCUAUCUGAAAUUAUUAAAUGGUAAGAACUUUA